UUCCUAACCCCUCCACUCCCAAUCCUAUUUAUUUGUAGUUUUAUGUGCUAACCAAGAGAUUCCCUCCUUCAAAUUCUUAUAAAUACUCUUUCCUCUUAAUCUUGUUUUGUGCAUCCUUUCAAACUUUUCUUGCUUGAUUAAUAUUAAGAUUUAUUGCUAUCUACCCUCCAAAUUAAAGAAAAUGGAUGCUGUUGUGAGCUACAAUGGGGCUAAGUAUGAUUGCCUACUUUUUGAUUUGGAUGAUACUUUGUACCCAUUGAGUUCAGGGGUCAACUUAGCUUGCAGAAAGAAUAUAGAAGAUUACAUGCUAAAAUUCUUGCAUAUGGAUGAAAGUGAGGUCCCAAGGAUGUGUCUAGAUUUGUAUAGGGAACAUGGUACCACUAUGGCAGGUCUUAAGGCACUUGGGUAUGAAUUUGACAACGACGAAUUUCAUGAGUAUGUUCAUGGAAGUUUGCCUUAUGAAACUCUGAAGCCUGAUCCUGUGUUGAGAAACCUUCUGCUGUCGACUCCCCAACGUAAAAUUGUAUUCACUAACUCUGAUAAGGCACACACAGCUCGUGUGCUUAAUAAGCUCGGUUUAGGAGAUUGUUUCGAGGGUAUAAUAUGUUUUGAGACCCUUAAUCACCAAGACAAUAAUGAACCAAUAUCUAAGUCACAUAUUUUGUGUAAACCAUCUGUUGAAGCUAUUGAAGCUGCUAUUAGUAUCGCGAACUUAGAUCCUAAAAGAACAAUUUUCUUCGAUGACAGUGCAAGAAAUAUUGCUAGUGGGAAAGCAGCUGGACUUCACACUGUUGUUGUGGGGAGGUCAGAACUUGUUCCAGGGGCUGAUUAUGCAUUAAGGAGUAUCCACAACAUGAAAGAGGCACUUCCUGAAAUCUGGGACGCCGAGGCAAAGGAGCACCAUGAGCAAGUCCUUCAGGCAGCAACUGCAGAGACCGUUGUUCGAGCAUAAUAAACCACCGGUCCACCCUACCAUCAAAGUCCUCCAUCCUCGGAUCCUCCCCUAUCCCCCAACAAAAAAAAAGAGCAAAAAACAUCCCAGUGGUAAAGCGUUAUUGAUUACUUCAAAAGGCUUUAUCAGGGGUGACAGAAAGAAGGGUGAAGUUUAGAACGCUUCUGAUGUAAUUUAUGAUAUAGUAUAUGCAAAUUAUUAACAUAUUGAUCCACUGUAAUUGCUUGUAUAAGCUUGCCAAGAAUAAUAAAUGACAAGGUAUGCAGCAUUAUUGCAGUUUCUUCUGCUAA